AUGAUGGUGAAGAUCGCAACCUUCAUAUCCGCAUUCCUCUCACUGGGCACCUUUGCCCUGACCGAGUCUAUUCCCCAAACGGACUACGAUGUUAUUAUUGUGGGAGGUGGUCCUGCAGGCCUCAGUGCCUUGAGUGGUGUAUCGCGCGUGCGCAGAACUGCGCUGCUGAUUGAUAGCCAGCAUUACCGCAAUGACCCUACCAGGGAGAUGCAUGAUGUCAUCGGCAAUGAUGGUACUCCACUCCCUGAGUUCCGCGGCGCGGCCCGUGAACAAAUCAGUCGCUAUCCUACAGCCCAUUUCAGGAACUCUACUGUGCUGUCGGUCCAGUCGAUUGGAGACGGUACGGUGUCAGCCUUCAAUGUGAGCGAUAACACCGGUAGUUCCUUUACCUCACGCAAGCUUGUCCUGGGUACCGGUCUGACCGAUGUGCUUCCUGACACCCCCGGUAUUAAGGAAGCUUGGGGAAAGGGGGUUUUCUGGUGCCCUUGGUGUGAUGGCUAUGAGCAUCGUGAUCAACCCUUCGGGAUCCUCACUGACGUUGCCGGUGUUCUCGAUGAUUUAUUAGAGGUCAACACUCAAUACUCCGACAUCAUUGCUUUCGUCAAUGGCACCCAAACCGCUGAGGGAGAAGCCGCGGCCACGGCGAAAAAUGAUGGCUGGAAAGAGCAGCUGGAAGCAUGGAAUGUCAAAAUUGACAACCGAACUAUCACCCGCCUUGAACGCACCCAGGACGGUGGGGAUCACCGCGAUGAGGAAAAUGAUCUUCAGUUUGAUAAGUUCCUGCUACACUUCAGCACCGGUGACCCCGUUGAGCGCGAUGCGUUCAUUAUCGAUGUGCCUACCGUUCAGCACUCGCAGCUGCCUUCCCAGAUGAAACUGAAAAUGACAGAUCACAAAAUCGACGUUGUUGCCAGUAGCAUGCGCACAAGCCAGGCUGGUGUCUGGGCGGUGGGUGAUUGCAACGGCGGCGGCGGCGCAACCAAUGUUCCCCACGCCAUGUUCACGGGCAAGAAGGCGGCCGUGUACUUGCAUGUGGAGAUGUCCAGAGAGGAUUCUCAUUCUAAGGUGUCCAAGCGGAGCGGGCUGUCCGAGACAGAGUUGGUGGAGGAGGCCACUCGCGCAAUCGGUGAUAAGCUUGAGCGUAAAUGGGAGGAAAUUCAGAAGCGAAGCAAUAUGGCCUAA